AUAAAUUAAAAAUCAUACAAGUUUUCGAAUUUCGAAAUGAAAAUUCAAUAGAAUAAACUUCACCAGCUAUGGAUUUAUUCCUACUUAUAGCGUUGGCAGCUAUAUUAAUUAUCGUACUUAUAGGUUUAUCAAUCUAUUUGAGAAAGAGCAAAGGAGCAAAAGAACCAGAAAGGAUUAGAGCUGGCCCCAACAGGGCGAGAGAUGGAGUACCUAGAAGGGCUCAAAUAGCUAGGAACAGAGGAGUACGUCUAAGAGCCAAUGUUGCUCAGCAGGAUAACCAGGAAUCUGAGGAAGAAAAUGAAGUCAAUACAGAAGAACUAGAUGCUUUUGAUGCCAAACUUGGGGCUAAAAAGAGGGCAAAACUUGAAGCAAAAGCAGAAAGGAAAGCUGCUAGAGAAGUUGAAGAACAACUACGUUCUGAAAAAAAGAAAAAAGCUGAGGUAGCUGAAGAGGAACGCCGAAAAAUAGAACAGAAAGAGAAAGCUGAAGAAAAGCGCCUAGAGGAAGAAGCUAAGAAAGCAAAAGAAGAACAAGAACAAAGGGAGUAUGAGGAGUACUUGAAGAUGAAAGAAGCUUUCUCUGUUGAAGAAGAAGGUUUUGAAGAUGGUGAUGCUGGAGAUGAACAGAAUCUUUUGCAAGAGUUUGUAAACUACAUCAAGAACAACAAGGUUGUGGUUAUUGAAGACUUGGCUGCACAUUUCAAAUUGAAAACUCAAUCAGCCAUUGAUCGUAUCAAGGAUCUGCAGAAUGAUGAUAUUCUUACUGGGGUCAUAGAUGACAGAGGGAAGUUUAUUUAUGUUGCAAAGGAAGAAAUGGAGGCAGUAGCAAAGUUCAUCAGGCAGAGAGGAAGGGUGUCCAUAGCUGACUUGGCAGAAAACAGUAACAAGCUGAUAAAUCUGGUACCUAACACAGGAGUUGUGAUAGAAUGAAUAGUUCUAUUCAUGUAGAUAUAUUUAAUAUAUUUUAAUCUACUUAUAUGCCUUCAAUCUCAUAAAAGAAAUGUCUAAUUUACAGAUAUUUACUUCAUGGGUUCUGACCAAGUUCUCUUUGUUUUAAUCAUUAUGGGAUAAGAAGAGGAUUGAAAAUGUGUUUAGAAUAUUCUAUUAUCAUGAAAAUCUAUAAAGGAUAUCAAAUAUGAAUUAACAAUUUGUUCAUAUUCAAGAUUAUUUUCAGUACAAAACCCCCAUAUCAAAUUCAAGAUGAAUCCUCCAUUGAUUCUUCUGCAUCAUCAUCUUCUUCACUGGUAACAUCAGGUUCAUCAGCUUCUGCUUCACACUUUGAACAAUGACAUUCAAAAAGAUAGUUGCUGACAAGUUCUUUUCUUCUUGAAUGUCUUGACCUACCCAAAAUACACUCAUCCAGAUAGCUAAUGAAAAUCUCUUCACCUUCUUCAAUAUCUCUGGUUGCCACCAAAGA